AUGAUCUAUGCACCACCACGACUUUUAAUAGUUAUAAUGUCAAAAUGUUAUCCCGAUGUUUUAUUUUAUAUGAGGUUACCGUCUAAUUUAAAAUCAGUUGCACUUACAAUUGAUGAUUUUCCAAAUGUAAAUGAUCUCUCGAUAAGUUUUCGUUUACUUGAUAUACUUCGCUUGUAUAAUGCUCGAUGUACAUUUUUUACUAUUGGAUCACAUAUAGAACAUUAUGAAAAUUCACCUGAAAUACAAUGUCUAUUUGAAUGUCUAAUAGCUGAUGGUCACGAAGUAGGAAAUCAUGGUUGGCGAGAUGAAAAAGCAAUAUGUCUAUCAGAAGAUGAAUUUCAAGGACAAAUAAACAAUACACAGAAAAUAAUUAAUAAUUAUAUUUCGUGUGUUAAUAAAUGGUUUCGUCCAGGUUCAGGAUUCUUUAAUCGAAGAAUGAUACGAAAUUGUAUUGAUCUCGGUUAUCGACUUGUGUUAGGUUCAAUUUAUCCACAUGAUCCUCAAAUACCUUUUCCUAGACUCAAUUCUUUUUUUAUUGAACAUAAACUGUAUCCUGGAGCUAUUGUAAUACUACAUGAUCGAUUUAUUACGAUUGAAACAUUGCAACGCGUAUUACCAGCUAUACAAAGACAUGAUUAUCAUGUUGUUACACUUACACAAUUAAUGAACUUGAGCAGAAAUUAA